AUGGAUAAUUCAAAUUUAGAUAAGUAAAUUAUUGUUUUUNUUUUCAGAUUAAAUAAGAUUACAAUAAAUACUUUUUAAUUUAAUCUCAAAUGCUAUAAAAUUUACUUUCUCUGGUAAAAUUUCUCUAACAAUUCAAAUCAUAUUAGUAUAAGAUACAAAAUUAAUCCAAUUUUGUGUAUAAGACACUGGUCUGGGUAUACCUACUUAGAUACAAAAUAAAUUAUUUAAGGCUUAUUCCACUUUUAAUUUAGGAAAUCAUAAUAAAUAAGGUGUUGGUUUAGGUUUAUUAAUUUCAAGAAAUCUUGUUGGAUUAUUAGGACCAAAACCAUAAAUAGAAUUAAUUUCUAAAGAAAAUUAAGGGUCUUCUUUUAGUUUUACUAUUUAUGUAAAUAUGUAAGAUAAAGAUGAACAUGAUCCAUUUAAUAUUAGCUAUGGGCUUGUAACUCCAGAAAAUGAUCCAUCUCCUAUAAAAUAAAUGCCAAGUUUUACAAUUUUUUAAUCAUAAAAGUCUCAUUAGAAAGCUAAAACACUAAUUGAUUUAUCUAAAAAUGCUAAAAAACUUUUACAUAUUUUGAUUGUAGAUGAUUCAGCUUUCAAUUUGCAUGCUCUGAAACUAAUCUUAAAAAAAAGAUUGGUAAAAUGUUAUAUAGAUGAAGCAUUAAAUGGUAAAGAAGCUGUUGAAAAAGCCUAAAAAUAAUAAUUUGAUUUAAUUUUUAUGGAUAUUAAUAUGCCUAUUAUGAAUGGUAUAGAAGCUAUUUAAUAAAUUCGAAAAAUGGAUGAUAUAAAUUCUAAUUUUUUAAAAAGAUCAAUAAUAUGUAUUUUAUCAGGUGGUAAAGAUGAUUUUGACUAAAAAUUAACAAAAAAAAUUGGAGCAGAUAUGCAUUUAGAAAAACCAUUAUAAAUAGAUGAUUUAACAUUUCUCUUAGAGAAAUAUUAAUUAUUAUGA